AUGCCACCUAGGAAAAAUAGACCGAAAGACGAAUAAUAAGAAUUAGGUUUAGUACAAGAUACAAAUAGCAAGUAUGGAUAGUACAACCAAAUUGAUAACAAUUAUGAAUUACAGAAAUAUUAAACUACCAAUAUUGAUAUUGUUAUCUUCCAUUAAUAUAAGGAGAGUAAAACUUUAUUCUAGCAUUAAAAAGCCUAUAUAAAUCAAAACAAUGAAAUUGUCCUUUCAGAAAUUCUCAAAAAUAUCAAAGCUUCAGGUUUUGAGUUUACAAAUGCAAUGAUUUCUUAUUUUGACCCUAUUUCUGAUCUCUAUAGAUACUGCGGGAGAGAUCCAUUGGACCACACAGUGGGAGUUCCAAUAAGCUGCAUAAACAGCAAUCAAUUGGAAAUUAAGUUGAGAUGUGGCCAAAGAAACAUUGUUGAUAUGCUUAUUUAAGAGCAAAAAAAUAAAGAGGAAAAUGAUGAAACUGAAGCAAGAUUGAAUCCAACAUCAGCCAAUGCAAACUAAAAAAAUAACAGAGUAAAAGAAAGAAAAAUAGGAGAAGUAGUUGAAAAAGUAGCUCUAUGGCGUAGGUUCUACACAGGUUUUUAUGAUGAAAAUGGCAAGUUUAUUAACAUGCCACUUGAUAAUGCAGCUUUAAAAGUUGGAAUCUCCAAAAAAACCUUAGAUGAUUAUCUACUUCAAAUAAGGUGUGGAAAAAAGUAUGGCUUCAAUUUUAACAAAAACUUGAGUGAAAGAAUAGGAAAAUUAAGAUCCUUUGUGAAGUCACACAAAAAUAAGGAAUCCAACAACUAAGGCUACGGAGGCAAUGACAGUGGUGGAGAAGAUAAUGACGCCUGA